AUGUCCCUCGCCCGCUGCAUCCCACGAACCGCCCUCGUCCUCACCCAGCGAAACAUUCCACAGAGACACUUCCACGCCGCAUCCAAGUGCACAAUGUCGUCCAUCGAUCAACCCAGCUCUCCAACCUUUAAGAGCAUCGGGAUAACCAACACAGAUAUCCACAAAGCUGCCGGAGUUCAACUAACCCCUCACCAAGAAGUCCUUGUCGGUUCGGUCCUAGACCUCUUCGAAGGCCGUCCCUCCCUCCGCCAUCUCUCCCUCUGGACCCCAACAGCAACCUUCCGCGAUCCUAUAACAAACGCCGUAGGCUUCGACAAGUUCGCAGCUCAGUGGUAUGGCCUCGUAGCCCUCUUCUCCCCGAUAACCAUCCAGUCCCACGAAGUAACCUCCUCGGGAGACCCCAUCUCCCUUCGCCUCUCCAACAAGUACGUCCUCAAGGGUCUGGGCACCGAAAAGGUCAUGGACUCGGUCGUAGACAUCCACGUCGGCCCGGACGGCAGGAUCUCGAGAGUCGAGGAUAAGUGGAAUGACAAGCUCCCCCAGGGUCCCUUUGCAACUGCCUUCCAGAAGCUCAAUGCCGUGUCGGUCCCUGCGUUUGUCAAGGUCCCCAAGACCCAAGAGGAGGACGAUCAGAUGCGGGCCGACCGAGCCCGUGAGGCUCAAACUUGA